UUUUUAAUUGAUUUUGAAAUUCACUGUUUUUAGUUAAGAACUUAAAAACACGGACUUCAUACACCAUUUACAAUGCAAAAUCAAAAUAAAAAAACAGAUUCCAGAAAAUGUGAAAAAUAUGCAAAAUACGAAUAUGAAAAAUUGUCUUAUACAGAGACAUAUGGAGUGUUACAAUCCUUACGAGAAGAUGAGGUUUUUUGUGAUAUUAAACUAGAAACAGACGAUCACAAAAUAAUUCUCGCGCAUAAAGUGGUUUUAGCAUCGGAAAGUCCAUAUUUCUAUUCCAUGUUCACCAAAUUUUCAAAAAAGAAUCAUGAUAUCGUUGUAAUGAGAGAGAUACAUUCAACCGCUUUACAGUUGCUAGUAAAUUUUAUUUAUUCGGGGUAUAUCGUGGUCACUGGAGAAAACGUUCAGGAUUUGUUGCCAGUUGCAAAUCUCUUGCAGUUACAAGAAGUAAAAGAGGUGUGUUGUGAUUUUUUACAGACACAACUCUGCCCUACAAAUUGUAUCGGUAUUUACGAUAUAGCUGAUUUACAUAGCUGUACGAAAUUGUUAACAAAUUCAGAAUUAUAUAUUCAACAGCAUUUUUCAGAAGUUGCUGGUGGCGACGAAUUUUUAUCGUUAUCAUCGGAAAAAUUAAUUAAGUUGAUCUCCACUGAUAAACUUAAUGUCCCAUCUGAAAAAAAAGUAUUUGAAAGUGUUAUUCGUUGGGUAAAACAUGAAUUGGAUUUGAGAAAUGGUAUUUUGCCUCAAUUAAUGGAACACGUACGUUUACCAUUAACAUCGGAGAGUUACAUAUUAAAAGAAGUAGUUGAGGAACCUCUUAUAAAGAAUUGUGUCAAAUGUAAAGAUUACAUAAGUGAGGCAUUAAAUUUUCAUAGACACAGGUCAGAAGAGCCUAUUCCACAAAACAUUCGAAAUAAUCCUAGACAUGAAGAUAAAGUUAUUUUAGUUGUUGGUAGAUGUGAUAUGAAAUUAAAUACAUUAUUUUACGAUCCAAAAAUGAACCGAUGGCAUGAUGGACCAAAAAUGAUCCAAAGCCGCAAAAAUGCUAGUCUAGCUCUUGUGAAAGAUAAUUUAGUGUUUGCUGUGGGUGGUUCUGAUUAUCGUGGUAAUGCUCUUCUGUCUGUCGAUGUACUUGAUUUAUCUUCAGAAUCACCUCGUUGGGAAUCAAGUAAAACCAUGUUUGUUGAACAAAAUAUCACAGGAGUACCUAACAAUAAACUGUAUAAUACAUUUAAGGUCGGUGGAUUUAAUUUUUGUGAUAAUAUAUCAGAUAGUGCAAAAGUGUUCGACUACAAUACUCAAAAAUGGCGUAUGAUAUCUACCAUGUGUACUUUAAGAUAUGACUUUGCUGUCGGAGUCUUGAACGAUCUAUUAUAUGUGGUAGGAGAUUUUAAUGAAUCAUUAUGGGAGGCUUUAGACACUGUCGAAUGUUAUCAUCCCAGUCUUGACAAAUGGACAGAAGUGGAAAAAAUGUGCGAACAUCGCAGAGGUGCUGGUGUAGGUGUUUUAGGCGGCGUACUGUAUGCUGUAGGUGGUCUCAGUGGUUAUGAUGAAUAUAACUGCAUGAGUAGUGUUGAAGCAUACAGACCAAGUACAGAUAUUUGGACACCUAUUGCCGACAUGAAUUUUCCUCGACAUCGUGCAGGAGUAGUUGCAUUAGACGGUUUAUUGUAUGUCAUUGGUGGAAUCAAAGGGUCUUCUGAGGAUUCUACAGAAUGUUACAACCCAAAAACCAAUACCUGGACCACAGUCGCACCGUUAAGGUAUCAUGAAGAGGCUUCAGUAGGAGUAGUAGCCAUUAAUAGGACUGGAUUUUUUAAAACUUGUUAGCAUUCACAAUUUUUUUUUGAUAAAAAAAUAUACAAAUGUUGUUUUAUAUUGUA